AUGGCGGAGCUACCUGCGACAGAGAUGCCAGGAGAUGCUCUGUGCAGUGGGCGCUUCACCAUCAGCACCCUGCUGGGGGCCGACGAGCCCCCACCGGCCGCCGGUGACAGCAGCCACCCCAGCCACCUGACACACGGCAGCACCCUGUACAUGCGCACCUUUGGUUACAACACUAUCGACGUGGUGCCUGCCUAUGAACACUACGCUAACAGUGCUCUGCCGGGCGAGCCCCGGAAGGUGCGGCCCACCCUGGCUGACCUGCAUUCGUUCCUCAAGCAGGAGGGCAGCCACCUGCAUGCCCUGGCCUUUGAUGGACGGCCAGGCCGGGAACUGACUGAUGGACUUGCGGAGGACGAAGCAGGCACCAGCAAUGAGAAAAGCCCUGGGGAGCCUGUGCGCUUCGGCUGGGUCAAGGGGGUGAUGAUCCGAUGCAUGCUCAACAUCUGGGGUGUGAUCCUCUACCUGCGGCUCCCAUGGAUCACUGCGCAGGCGGGCAUUGUGCUCACCUGGCUCAUCAUCCUGCUGUCGGUCAUGGUGACAUCCAUCACAGGCCUUUCCAUCUCGGCCAUCUCCACCAAUGGCAAGGUCAAGUCAGGUGGCACCUACUUCCUUAUCUCCCGGAGUCUGGGCCCAGAGCUGGGGGGCUCCAUUGGCCUCAUCUUCGCCUUUGCCAAUGCUGUGGGUACGGCCAUGCAUACUGUGGGCUUUGCGGAGACCGUCCGGGACCUGCUUCAGGAGUACGGCACACUCAUUGUAGACCCCAUCAACGACAUCCGUAUCAUCGGCGUGGUCACUGUCACCGUGCUGCUGGCCAUCUCUCUGGCUGGGAUGGAGUGGGAGUCCAAGGCCCAGGUGCUAUUCUUUCUUGUCAUCAUGGUCUCCUUUGCCAACUAUCUGGUGGGGACACUGAUCCCAGCAUCUGAAGACAAGGCCUCCAAAGGCUUCUACAGCUAUCACGGGGACAUUUUUGUUCAGAACUUAGUGCCUGACUGGAGAGGCAUUGAUGGCAGCUUCUUUGGGAUGUUCUCCAUCUUCUUCCCUUCAGCCACGGGCAUUCUGGCAGGAGCCAAUAUCUCCGGGGACCUUAAGGACCCUGCGGUAGCCAUCCCCAAGGGAACACUCAUGGCCAUUUUCUGGACCACCAUCUCCUACCUCGCCAUCUCGGCUACUAUUGGCUCCUGUGUGGUGAGAGAUGCCUCUGGGGACCUGAAUGACACAGUGACUCCGGGCCCAGGCACCUGCGAAGGGCUGGCCUGUGGCUACGGCUGGAACUUCACCGACUGCUCCCAGCGGCACAGCUGCCGCUAUGGCCUCAUUAACUACUACCAGACCAUGAGCAUGGUGUCCGCCUUUGCACCCCUGAUCACAGCUGGUAUCUUUGGGGCCACCCUGUCCUCUGCCUUGGCCUGUCUUGUCUCUGCUGCCAAGGUCUUCCAGUGCCUUUGCCAAGACCAGCUGUACCCACUGAUUGGCUUCUUUGGCAAAGGCUAUGGCAAGAACAAGGAGCCUGUGCGUGGCUACCUGCUGGCGUACAUCAUCGCGGUGGCCUUCAUAAUCAUUGCUGAGCUCAACACCAUUGCCCCCAUCAUUUCCAACUUCUUCCUCUGCUCCUAUGCCCUCAUCAACUUCAGCUGCUUCCACGCCUCCAUCACCAACUCACCAGGAUGGAGACCCUCCUUCCAAUACUACAGCAAGUGGGCAGCGCUAUUCGGGGCAGUGAUCUCAGUGGUCAUCAUGUUCCUUCUUACCUGGUGGGCGGCUCUCAUUGCCAUCGGAGUUGUCCUCUUCCUUCUGCUCUACGUGAUCUACAAGAAGCCAGAGGUGAACUGGGGCUCCUCGGUGCAGGCUCACUCCUACAACCUCGCCCUGAGCUACAACAUGGGCCUCAAUGAGGUGGAGGACCACAUCAAAAACUACCGCCCCCAAUGCCUGGUGCUCACGGGACCCCCCAACUUCCGCCCCGCUCUGGUGGACUUUGUGAGCACAUUUACCCAGAACCUAAGUCUGAUGAUCUGUGGCCAUGUGCUCAUUGGACCCCGAAAGCAGAGAGUACCUGAGCUGCAGCACAUAGCCAGUGGGCACACCAAGUGGCUGAACAAGAGGAAGAUCAAAGCCUUCUACUCGGACGUCAUUGCUGAGGACCUCCGAAGUGGGGUCCAGACUCUCAUACAGGCCUCAGGGCUGGGAAGAAUGAAGCCCAACAUUCUGGUGCUGGGAUUCAAGAAAAAUUGGCAGUCGGCUCACCCAGCCACCGUGGAGGACUACAUUGGCAUCCUGCACGAUGCCUUUGACUUCAACUACGGCGUGUGUGUCCUGAGGAUGCGUGAGGGGCUCAACAUCUCCGAGGUGAUGCAGACGCACAGUGAGUACACCCUGCAUCCCAUCAGCCCCUUGUUUGACCCAGUAGAGGAGGGCAGGGGAGUCAGUGGCAGUGGCACUAGGCCAUCUCUCUCAGCCCCAGAGGCAUUGGUACAGGAAGAGCAGGCCAGCACCAUCUUCCAGUCGGAGCAAGGCAAGAAGACCAUCGACAUCUACUGGCUGUUUGAUGAUGGAGGCCUCACCCUCCUUAUCCCCUAUCUCCUGCACCGCAAGAGGAGAUGGGGCAAAUGCAAGAUCCGGGUGUUUGUUGGGGGCCAGAUCAACAGGAUGGACGAAGAGAGAAAGGCGAUCAUUUCUCUUUUGAGCAAGUUCAGACUGGGAUUUCAUGAAGUUCACAUCCUUCCCGACAUCAAUCAGAAGCCUCAGGCUGAGCACACCAAGAGGUUCGAGGACAUGAUUGCACCCUUCCGCCUGAAUGAUGGUUUCAAGGAUGAGGCCACUGUUGCCGAGAUGAGGAGGGACUGUCCCUGGAAGAUCUCAGAUGAGGAGAUCAACAAGAACAGAAUUAAGUCCCUUCGGCAGGUGAGGCUGAAUGAGAUUCUGCUGGACUACUCUCGGGAUGCUGCGCUGAUCCUCCUCACCUUGCCCAUCGGAAGGAAGGGGAAGUGCCCCAGUUCGCUAUACAUGGCCUGGCUGGAGACCCUGUCCCAGGACCUCAGACCUCCUGUCGUCCUUAUCCGAGGCAACCAGGAAAACGUGCUCACCUUUUACUGCCAGUGACAGAAGCUGAGGGUGUGGAUGGAGUCAGAACUCUCCAGCUCGAGACAAGCUAGCUCCGUAUUCUGCUUCCUACGGAGUCCUCACAUCUGCUGGUCCCUCUGUAGAAGAUGCUGCGUUUCCAAACUGGCUGAGCCCUGACAGACACACCUUCUGGGCCUUGAAGCUGUGUGGAAGUCUAUAGAAGAUUCUCUCUCUUUUUAAAAAGCUUUUUCUUGCUGACCAAGUAGUGAAUUGCUGUCUUUGAUUUGUAUGCAAACUGAGUCCCAGCUCUGGAUUUGUGUCUUGGCCGUCUCUCCAGACCACCCAGUGACCGUCCCCAAACCCGUCUCCUUCCCCGAGGACCUGUGCAGAGCUCCGGGGACCACAGGGUCCUGUGCACAGAGCCUGCACAGAAAUGCGCAUUUCUUCAGCCCUCACUCUGAUGCCUUUCACUGAUAGCACCUAGAUGUUCUCACUGGUUAUUUAACCCCGGUCAUUAAGGUUCUUUGAUUAUACAUUCUAUGGUUUUCCUGGAGACUCCCAACAACUGUCCCAAAGCAUCGCAAAGCAGUAUUCUCACUCUAGGGGGCGCCCUCCAGUAUUCCGCCCCAAUCUUUCUUCCUUCCGACAGUCUCAGGUAGUCCAGGCUGGCCUUGAACUUGCUCCCUUAACCAAGAACAGAUUCAAACUUCUGAUCCUCCUGCCACUACUCCAGAGUGCUGGGAUUCCAGGCACAUGCCUGGAGCUUUAUGUGGUGCUAGGGACCAAACCUAUGGAUACCAGGCAAGUACUCUACCAACUAUGCUGCCCCACCCGGUCUCUAUUCUGCUUCUUUUAAAGGUUGGUUGCUGUCUACAAGAUGAUUUUUGUACCCACUAAAUGGGCAGCGAUCAAGGACUUGAAAAUGGGUUUAAUUUCCACAGGUUGUGCAUACUCUGUUGUUUGGGGUUUUGCUUUGUCAACUUGACACAGGCUAGGGUCAUCUAAGAAGAAACUGCAAUUGACAAAAGGCCUCCCUAUGCUUGGCCUUGAAGCAACUGAUGUGGCAGGGCCUAGCUCUCCCUGUUGCCUUGCCACCGCUGAGGACCUGGGUUGUAAAAGAAAGCAAGCCAAGCAAGCCAUGGGGAGCAAGUCAAAUGUUCCUCCAUGGCAUCUGCCUUAGUUCCUGCCCUAAUUUCACUUCACGAUGAACUAUAAGAUAAAAUAAAUCCUU